CUUGUGCAGGCCCACCUCCUCCCCGCUCUACUCGCCGCCACCUCCCGCCGGUCUCCGCCGUCGUCUUGCUCCCCAUCAUCUCUGGCGUUGGCCUUCCCCCCUCCAAUCUCCCUCAGGUGCUUUUCUUCCCAUAGAUCUCCGAAAAAGAGAGACGCCCGCCUCCUCCCUGCUUUCCUCGCCGCCACCUCCCAGCUGUCUCCGCCGUCGCCUUCCUCCCCAUCGUCACUAGCGUCGGCCUUCUCCUCCGAUCUCCCUCAGGAGUCGAAUUAAAAAGACAAAAGCAACCGGAUCGGGUACGGUUAGCGGGUUGGAUCUAAUAUAACGGGCUUCCACCCUUUACGAACUCCUUGCUUCUACUUUUGACUGGUAAGAAGGGGUUGGAAUUAGGGAAGAAGAGGAAGGAAGAUAGGGAGAUCUGAAGUGAGUGCAUGUCUUGGUUGCUCCGCAGGAAUAUGUUACCGCUGCACUCGAAUAGUCUUGCUCGGCGUCCAUUCGCAUCUCCGCUGCCUCUGCCGCCUGCGUCGCUCCCAUCUCCGAGGGAAACACAUAUCUGGUAUGUGGUUCCCGAUGAGUUGAAGGAUGCUUCCCUUCUAUACCAGUAUAUGGAGCUCCUUUCGCCGUGUGAAAGACAAAGCGUUUUACGUAUGAACGGAGAGAGGCUUCAGAAAGGUGCUCUAUUAGCGCGAGCCUUGGUGCGCACCACUCUUGCAAGAUAUACAGAUGGUAGAUUGAGUCCAAAAUCAUUCAAAUUCCAGAAGAAUAGAUUUGGGAAGCCUGAGGUAGAGUGGGAUAAGUAUGAUCUUUGGGCCCCACCACCCUUGCAAUUCAAUAUUUCACAUACAUCUACCAUGAUUGCCUGCGGUGUGACUUUGGAUCUGCCCAUUGGCAUUGAUAUUGAAGAAAAACAACGGAAGACAAGUAAUAAUAUCUUGUCUCUUGCUCACCGUUAUUUUUCCCCUGUUGAAGUUGCAUACCUGAAAACUUUAGCAGAUCCUGAGUGCCGGCAAAGUGAGUUCAUUAGAUUGUGGACCCUUAAAGAGGCAUAUGUCAAGGCUCUUGGAAGGGGGUUUUCAGGAACACCUUUCAAGGAUUUCACAAUUCGGUUGGAAGCAAGCAACAGCAAGCAAGUUACUGGGGAAUUGAAAUCUGAUGCACCCAGCAUAGUUGUGGAAGCUGUUGAUGAUCCUGGAAUCCUCAUGAAUAGGUGGCAAUUUGCACUAUUUGAACUUAAUAAUUCUCAUUAUACGGCAGUUUGCAUGGAGAGGGAUGUAAAAAAUCCAGCAGAUGGAGAGAACAACUCCCUGAAAUUGGAAGUAUGGAGAACGCUUCCCUUUGUAGAAGAUGAAUGUGUUACAGAAACGGAUGCAGUCAAAAAUAUUAUUAGAUGAAUGAAUGCGUUACGGGAAUGGAUGCAGUCAAAAAUAUUAUGAGAUGACCUUGGGCUCUGGAUGAUGUUGCUGCCAGAACUGGAAAAGAAAAUGAUUGCUCCAUAGAUUUUGCAUUCACUCGAGAGGAUGACAAUUAUCUAGCAGCAUUUUCCCUCGGCAACUAUCUCACAGCAUCUGGUAUGUAGACUCUACGAAGAGAGAAGAGGUGCCUAAGUUGUGAACAUCAUUGUCUCAUUAACUAAUUGAAGUGUACAUUUUCAAAUUGGUUUAAUUUAUUAAUAAUGAGAUAUCUUUUCAAGCAUUA